CAUUUUGCCGGCGUUUAGUGAUAGUGCCAAUAGUAAACUAAGAAUCUGGCCGCAUCGCGGCGAUCAUCCAUUAUUUAGUGAACAGCAGAGUUAAAGGCGGCAAUAUGUAUUUAUAUAAUCUCACGCUGCAAGGCUCUACGUCUAUAACUCAUGCAGUGCAUGGUAAUUUUUCGGGCACAAAGCAACAAGAAAUCGUGAUAUCACGAGGGAAAAUCUUGGAGCUAUUGCGGCCUGAUCCAAAUACUGGAAAAGUGCAUACUCUGAUGAAGGUGGAGAUAUUCGGAAUCAUUCGGUCUAUGAUGGCGUUUCGUCUAACUGGUGGAACAAAAGACUAUAUUGUCAUUGGUUCAGACUCUGGUCGUAUCGUUAUUUUGGAGUACAUUCCAGCCAAAAAUAUUUUAGAAAAAGUACACCAAGAAACAUUUGGAAAAUCAGGAUGCCGACGCAUUGUCCCUGGACAAUAUUUAGCUAUUGAUCCUAAAGGAAGAGCAGUCAUGAUUGGUGCUAUUGAAAAACAAAAAUUGGUAUAUAUUUUAAACAGAGAUGCAGAAGCUAGAUUAACAAUCUCAUCCCCAUUAGAGGCUCAUAAGUCAAACACUUUGGUAUACCACAUGGUUGGUGUGGAUGUUGGCUUUGAGAACCCUAUGUUUGCUUGUCUAGAAAUUGACUAUGAAGAAGCUGACUCUGACCCCACAGGGGAAGCUGCUCAAAAAACUCAACAAACAUUGACUUUCUAUGAAUUGGAUUUGGGUUUGAACCAUGUGGUUAGGAAAUAUUCUGAACCUCUGGAAGAACAUGCUAACUUCCUGAUAACAGUGCCUGGAGGCAAUGAUGGCCCUUCUGGAGUACUCAUCUGUUCUGAAAAUUAUCUUACAUACAAAAAUCUUGGUGAUCAACAUGACAUUAGAUGUCCAAUACCUCGACGGCGCAAUGAUUUAGAUGAUCCUGAAAGAGGCAUGAUAUUUGUUUGCUCAGCAACGCAUAAAACAAAAUCAAUGUUCUUCUUUUUGGCACAAACUGAGCAGGGUGAUAUAUUUAAAAUUACUAUAGAAACAGAUGAAGAUAUGGUCACAGAAAUUAAACUUAAAUAUUUUGAUACAGUACCAGUGGCAACAUCAAUGUGUGUACUUAAAACUGGGUUUCUGUUUGUUGCUUGUGAAUUUGGAAACCACUAUUUAUACCAAAUUGCUCACUUGGGUGAUGAGGAUGAUGAGCCAGAAUUCAGUUCAGCUAUGCCUUUGGAAGAAGGUGACACAUUCUUUUUUGCUCCAAGGCUACUGAGAAACCUGGUACUGGUGGAUGAACUAGAUUCACUUUCUCCAAUAUUAGCAUGUCACGUCGCCGAUUUGGCUGGUGAAGAUACUCCUCAAGUAUACUUAGCAUGUGGGCGUGGCCCAAGAUCUUCAAUAAGAGCAUUAAGACAUGGAUUAGAAGUAGCAGAGAUGGCGGUCUCGGAACUACCAGGUUCCCCAAAUGCAGUAUGGACUGUUAGACGGCACAAAGAUGAGGAAUAUGAUUCUUACAUCAUAGUAUCAUUCGUAAAUGCCACACUUGUACUCUCUAUUGGGGAAACUGUUGAAGAAGUAACAGACUCUGGCUUUUUGGGAACUACACCAACUUUAAGUUGCCAUGCAUUAGGCAACGACGCGCUGGUCCAGGUCUAUCCUGACGGUAUCAGGCACAUAAGAGCUGACAAACGCGUCAAUGAAUGGAAAGCGCCAGGAAAAAAAUCCAUUGUAAAAUGCGCCGUAAAUCAAAGACAAGUAGUCAUAGCGUUAACAGGUGGAGAACUUGUUUAUUUCGAGAUGGACCCUACUGGUCAGCUAAAUGAAUACACCGAACGGAAGAAGCUAUCUUCAGAUGUAUCAUGCAUGGCACUGGGAUCUGUAGCAACUGGUGAACAAAGAGCUUGGUUUUUAGCAGUUGGUCUCAGUGAUAACACUGUUCGGAUAAUCUCAUUGGAUCCAUCUGAUUGUCUAUCUCCUAGAUCUAUGCAAGCCUUACCAGCUGGAGCAGAAUCAUUGUGUAUUGUUGAACAACCAUUUGAAUCUGGGGCAAAGUCUGCAUUACAUCUCAAUAUUGGGCUUAGUAAUGGAGUAUUACUAAGAACAACUUUAGACUCCGUUAGUGGUGACUUGGCAGAUACCAGGACAAGGUACCUUGGAUCGAGACCAGUGAAACUAUUUAAAGUAAGAGUGCAGGCAACUGAAGCUGUGCUUGCUGUUUCGUCUAGAACAUGGCUUGGUUAUCAUUAUCAAAACAGAUUCCAUUUAACACCACUAUCAUAUGAAUGUUUGGAAUAUGCAGCUGGAUUUAGUUCAGAACAGUGCGCUGAAGGUAUUGUUGCAAUCUCAUCAAAUACUUUAAGAAUUUUGGCACUUGAAAAACUGGGCGCAGUCUUUAACCAAACUUAUGUGCCACUAGAGUAUACUCCUAGGAAAUUUGUCAUCAACAACGACAACAACCAUAUAAUAAUACUAGAGACUGACCAUAACUCUUACACAGAAGAUAUGAAGAAACAAAGGCGAGUACAAAUGGCACAAGAAAUGAGGGAAGCAGCAGCUGGCGGCGGGCCUGAAGAGCAACAACUUGCUAAUGAAAUGGCGGACGCUUUUCUCUCUGAUGUUUUACCUGAAAAUAUAUUUUCAUCACCCAAAGCGGGAAUGGGUAUGUGGGCGUCUCAAAUUCGCGUAGUGGACAUGGGUAUAGGUGGGGGGCAACCCAACACUCUAUUCAAAUUACCACUGGAGCAGAACGAGGCGGCGGUGAGCGCGUGCGUGGUGAGGUGGGCCGCGCACGCCACGCACGCCGCCCAUGCGCACACGCAUCUAGUCGUAGGAGUCGCCAAGGAUCUCGUACUGUCACCACGCUCCUGCACUGAAGGCAGCCUGCAUGUAUACAAGAUUUACAAUACAGGCAAGUUAGAAUUAGUACAUAAAACUCCAGUGGACGAGUACCCUGGUGCCGUCGCAGCAUUCAACGGAAGAUUACUAGCGGGCGUAGGUCGUAUGCUUAGGCUAUACGACAUCGGCAGACGAAAAUUAUUACGAAAAUGUGAAAACCGACACAUUCCAAAUCUUAUUGCUGAUCUCAAAACCAUUGGCCAAAGAAUUUACGCUGCCGACGUACAAGAAUCUGUAUUCUGUGUCAAAUACAAAAAAAGGGAAAACCAAUUGAUCAUAUUUGCAGACGACACGAAUCCUAGAUGGAUAACCAAUGAAUGUAUCCUGGAUUAUGACACUGUUGCUAUGUCAGAUAAGUUUGGCAAUGUGGCUAUAAUGAGAUUACCACAGUCUGUAUCUGAUGAUGUGGAUGAAGAUCCCACAGGAAACAAAGCACUUUGGGACAGAGGUCUGCUGAAUGGGGCAUCACAAAAAGGAGAAAUAGUAGUCAAUUUUCAUGUUGGCGAAACUAUAACAUCAUUACAAAGGGCCACUUUGAUUCCUGGUGGAUCUGAAGCGCUGCUUUAUGCAACGAUCAGUGGAUCUUUAGGAGUACUUCUACCAUUCACAUCUAGAGAAGACCAUGAUUUCUUCCAGCACUUAGAGAUGCACAUGAGAAGCGAAAAUCCACCACUCUGCGGGCGCGACCACUUAUCAUUCAGGAGCUACUACUACCCUGUAAAGAAUGUCAUUGAUGGCGACUUAUGUGAGCAGUUCAACUCUUUGGAUCCUGCAAAACAGAAGGCGAUUGCGGGAGACCUCGAAAGAACACCUGCUGAAGUAUCCAAAAAACUAGAAGACAUUAGAACGAGAUAUGCAUUCUAACUUGCUGUGUUUAAUUUGUAUUUUAAUUGAUAAGAAUAAAUUU